CAAACUGCGCUUUAUUCAAGGUUAUCUCAUAAAAUUAUAUUGAAUAAUUUGCAUACUAAACAGAUGAUAACAUAGGGAAGAGAAUCACUCACACUUUUCACUCAUUACAUAUUCUAAACCUCUCUAUAUGCUCACUAUAUGAGAGCCGUCGAAGAGUGAUAUUAAUAAAGAAGGUUAACAGCAUUGGUCACUAGAAAGUAAAUACAUAACGCCAAUUACUGAUAAUGGAUACCUAAGUGGGGACAAUGAAUCUACAAUUGUCACUUCACAAUGCUAAAUAAAAAUCACAGCGCGCAGUUUCGAAAUGGUGCCGCUUCUAGUUACAAUUGCUUUGCUCGCCGCUGUCGGAUUCCUGAUACACAAAUAUCUGACAUGGCACUACGAUACCUUUAAAAAAUUGGGCAUUGCCGGCCCAGAGCCAAAAAUAUGGCUCGGAAAUUUAACCGGCAAACAGCAUAUAGCUUACGAUUAUGAUGAUAUCUAUAACAAGUAUAAGCAGAAACAUCAGGUUGUUGGCAUGUUUGUUUCGAGAGAACCUCAAUUUUUAAUACUAGAUCCGAAAUUGGCGCAUGAAAUUUUAGUAACGAAUUUCAAGAGUUUCAGGGACAACUUAGGAAGCAAAUUCCUGUACAACAAAGAGGAAGAUCCAGUCGCCAGAUUUAAUCCCUUUUUCAAUGUUGGUGAUGAAUGGAAGACGAGGCGGUCCGACGUUAUGAGUGGACUAACACAACACAAGCUCACCUCAGCCUAUCCAAUUUGGAAGACUUGUACUCAAAAGCUUGGAAAACUCUUAAAUGCACAGACAGCAAAAGGCAGCUCUAUAAUCGAAACUAAAAAUCUUCUAUUACGCUAUACAUCCAACAUAUUGGGCGAGUUCCUAUGGGGCUUUGAAACGAAAACGCUGGACAGUCUCGACGAACCGAAUCAUUAUCUGGAAGUAUCGCAUAAACUAAUUCAGCAAGUGUUUAAAGGUUUUAUGAGCUAUUUCAAAUGUAUACCCUUCCCUUGGUACCGACGCUUCGAUAGUCAUCGAAUCUUCACUGCCGAAAGUGAUCAGCUGUUUUCACAGUUCACAAAAGACGCAUACGCGUUGCGUGAGAGAGAUGCGAGCAAAAAGAAUCAAGCUGACUUUUUAAAUUACGUGCGCCAAUUGCAGGAAAAGAAGCAUCUCUCCCAUAAUGAAGUGGUAGGGUACCUGUCGACCGUGUUUGUCGAUGGUUUUGACACAGCAGCAACAGUUGCUUUUCACGCCCUCUUCUACUUGACCCAUCAUCCGGAGUAUCAGGAAAAAUUACGUAAGGAAAUUCUAAGCAAUCUCGAGGCGGACGGCAGUAUAAAUUAUCAAGCUUUGUCUCUGCUACCUUACUUGGAUCAGUGUAUAAACGAAACCCUACGUAUGAUAAGUCCCCUUACAUUUACUUCGCGCAUCUGUACAGAGUCCACCGAAUUGGUAUUAGACGAUGGACGUCGCAUACCCAUCGAGAAAGGACAAGUAGUAACUAUUCCCGUGUUCAGUUACUUACAUGACGCCGAGUAUUUUGAAGAUCCGUUGGAAUUCAAACCGGAUCGUUUUGAAAACACUGAUAUUUCGGAGCUGACAAAGAAUGGCAUUUUCAUGCCAUUUGGCGAUGGACCACGAAUUUGCUUGGGUCGUCAUUUGGGUGUUUUGCAAAUUAAAACAGCUAUCGUCGAAGUACUCAAGAACUAUCGUUUGAAAGUCUGCGGCAAAACUCCACCGAUAGCGAGACUCGAAUCACAAACACUUAUUAUCGGUGUGGAUGGCGAUUUAUUAUUCCAAUAUGAGAGAUUAUAAACAGUGAAGACCUCUUCUCUUCUCUUGAUAAAUAUUUUGAAGUCAACCCAUAAUGAGAUUCAUGAUUUUUUCAAAGAAGACACAUAAGCCUAUCUCAGCCUAUAUGGCAUGAAAACUUCUGUUUUAUAACUUGAAGACAAUACCAUAUAUUACUUAUUUACACAUAACACGCGAAAUAUAUUUUUACGGAAUAAGUGUAAUAACGAAAAAUGUGUAUUAAGAUUAUACGGAGCACAAACUACAAGUAGAAGCUUUUCAGAAUA